AUGGACGCUGAUAAUGCUGCGGCCGCGCCUCGCCUGUCUAGCGGCGUACAGGCUAACAUACCUCCGCCAUUACCGAUGAACAUGAACGGAGACUGGAGCGCUAACUGGGACUUAUUCAGAGCCGAGUUUGAGGAUUAUGCGCUGGUCACUGGCCUAGCUGAAAAGACCAGGGAAGUACAAGCUACUACAUUGAGAAGUGUGAUGGGAUCUGAAUGCAGACAUGUUUAUCGGCACAAUUUGAAUCUCACAGAGGAACAACAGAGAGACAUUAAAACCAUCCUAGAUGCAUUGGAAGCAUACUUCAAACCUGCCAGAAAUGUCAUUUAUGGAAGGGGCCGGGAUCACUGUCCAGCAUAUGGCAGAACAUGUAGACUCUGUGGAACUAACAAUCACUUUGCUAAAGUAUGCCUUAAAAGCAAAAGCAGAUCCACAGAGGGGAAGCUUCACUGUGUUGAACAUUCUAAGGAGCCGGUUGGGGACAGUGAUGAUGACAUUUACGUAGUUGAGUUCAUUAGCACGGUGCACAUGAAAGGAAAGAAAUGGUUUGUUUCCCUGCAAUUUCAUGGCAAGUCACUGCAUUGUCAGUUAGAUUCAGGAGCCACAUGCAAUGUGAUGAGCUACAAGGACAAAGUAAAGGUGGCACCACACACACCACUCCGCCCUAGUAGCGUCAAACUACGGCUGUACUCAGGCAAGUCACUGAACUCCAUGGGCGUUUUUGAUACAGAAUGUGUGGUCAAAGGAGAGAAAUAUCAGCUGUCAUUUGAGAUAGUAGAAUCAAAUCAAAAUCCACUACUCUCGGGCUCAACUUGUGAACAGCUAGGCUUGAUGCAGUUCUCAAUACCAGAUGACGUGCUCAAAAUUGGAUAUGAAUGGUCUGAGCAUCUGACUAAGGAACAGUUAAUUGACAAAUACAGUGACGUGUUCAACUUGCCUGUGGAAUCACUGCCUGGUGAGGUCCAUUUUGAGCUGGAUCCCAGUGUUACACCGACACAGUGUGCUCCACAAAAUGUUCCAAUUGCUAUGAAAGCAACAGUCAAAGCCCAACUGGAUGCAUAUCAGGCUGAGGGUCAUAUUACAGAUGUUACAGAGCCAACAGAUUGGAUCAGCAACAUGGUGAUAGUAAAACAACCAGACAAGCUGAGAAUUUGCUUAGACCCAAAGUUUCUGAACAAAGCUCUGAAACGCUCUCAUUAUAUCAUGCCAACCCUGGAGGAUGUGUUAUACAAAUUGCCUAAAGCAAGGAUUUUCACGUUGGUUGAUGCCAAACAUGCAUUCUUACAGUGCAAGCUUGACCAAGAGAGCAGCUUCAUGACCACAUUCUGGACCCCAUGGGGCAGGAAAAGGUGGCUAAAGCUACCAUUUGGUGUCUCAGUGGCACCUGAGGUCUAUCAACGGAAACAGCAUGAACUGUUAGCAGGUCUAAAGGGCAUUGAGCCCAUCACAGAUGAUAUUCUUGUCAUUGGUUGUGGUGACACGGACCAGCAAGCUGAAAAUGAUCAUGAUCACAAGCUUCAGGCCCUGUUGGAGCGUUGCAGAGAGGUCAAGCUACGACUUAGCCUAAAAAAGUUGCAAUUUAAAGUUAAUGAAGUGAAGUUCCAUGGUCAUAUCCUUUCAUCCACGGGCUUGAAGCCUGAUCCAGAAAAGGUGAGGGCCAUCAUGGACAUGCCCAACCCUACAGAUGCUAAAGGGGUACAGCGUCUCAUCGGCUUUGCUAAUUAUUUAGCCAAAUUCAUGCCCCAUUUGUCUACCGUUUGUGAGCCACUGCGGCGCUUGCUCGACAAAGACACCCCAUGGCACUGGCUACCCAAACAUGAAGAUGCAGUUUGCAAGCUAAAAUCCAUGGCCACAUCAAUGCCUGUGCUACGCUAUUACGAUGUUGCCAAGCCUGUCACAGUACAAAGUGAUUCCAGCCAAAGCGGUCUUGGGUGCUGCCUUAUGCAAGAAGGACAGCCUGUUGCCUUUGCUUCAAGAGCACUGACUCCCACCGAAAAAAAUUAUGCACAAAUCGAAAAAGAGUGUCUCAGUAUUGUCUUUGCUUGUCAAAGAUUUCAUCAUUACCUGUACGGACGAGAGUUGGUCACAGCAGAGACUGACCACAAACCCUUGAUCACUAUAUUCAGCAAACCACUUCUCAGUGCACCCAAGCGGCUUCAGAGCAUGCUCAUGAAACUUCAAAACUACAGUCUCAAAAUUGUCUACAAGCCAGGAUCUAAAAUGUUCAUCAGUGACAUGUUGAGCAGGGCAGCUGCUGACUGUACAGGCAUGGGAGCCAUUUACCAGAGGCAUGCCAUAUGUCAUCUGCAGAAAGAGCAGGAAAAGGUACAAUUUAUCAACCAAGCAGAAUACCUGAAUGUGACGGAUCAGCGGUUGGGAACAAUCAGGGAGCAUACUGAAAGGGAUGAAGCAUUACAGGCCCUUAAAUCCACUGUCCUGGCAGGCUGGCCUGAUGAGAAAGAAAGGACAACACACAUCAUCCGAGAAUACUGGCCUUAUAGAGAUGAGAUAAGUGCGCAAGAUGGUAUUUUGUACCGUGGUCAGAAAGUCAUUAUCCCCAAAUCACUACGUCCAGAGAUGCUCAAACGCAUACAUUCAAGCCAUAUAGGAGGUGACGCAUGUUAUCGUCAGGCUCGUGACACACUGUAUUGGCCCAGUAUGCAAGCAGAAAUCAAAGACUUUGUGAGUAACUGUUCGACCUGCAAUGAAUUUGCGCAGAACCAACAGAAGGAAACAAUGCUAUCUCAUGACAUCCCCAGCAGGCCAUGGCAGAUUGUCAGCAUGGACUUAUUCAGUCACCGGCAAAAGGACUAUCUUAUAAUUGUGGACCAUUUCUCAGACUUUUGGGAGAUUGAACUGUUUCCUGAUCUAUCUGCAGAGACAGUCAUCAAGUGCUGCAAGGCUCAGUUUGCUCGACAUGGCCAGCCAGAUAGAGUUAUCACAGAUAAUGGCCCUCAGUUCGGUGCUCCGUUCAAGCGCUUCGCCUCCAGCUGGGAAUUUGAGCAUGUCACUUCUUCACCAAGACAUCCUAAAUCAAAUGGAAAGGCUGAGUCAGCCGUCAACAGUGGUGGACAGUAA